AUGGCUAAAAGAAUACUUCAACAUAUCGAAGGUACUCUUAAUUAUGGUGUUGCUUAUUUUCCAUCAAAAGAUGUUACACUCUACGGCUAUGGUGAUAGUGACUGGGGUGGCAAUGUUGAUGACCGAAAAAGCACAACUGGUUUUAUAUUCUUUUUGGGAGAUACUGCUUUCACUUGGUGUUCAAGAAAAACCCCAAUAGUGACACUCUCCACAAUCGUGAAGCUGAUCAGCAAUACUUUUUAUCAGAUGGUGUCAGCUGAACUAAAUCAGAAUGGGGAUAAUGCUGAGAACCUAUCUCCUGAGCAGUUGCUUUCUGUAGAUUCUUCUGAUGCACAUGGUAUCUUCGGGGAACCAAAAGUGCUUCCCCGUGUUGGUGAUGACUACCAGGCUGAAAUUCCUGCUGUUAUCUUUGGACCUGAGUAUGAUAGCUAUAUGAAGAAGCUGGAUGAUGCUGAAAAGAACGAUCACGUUCCCUUGGAUUUUCAGCUGGGAUUGCCGGUCCCAGUCAAGUGGACCAAAAAUAUCAACAAAGAGAAUAUGAGAGAUGCAAAGCAAGGAUUUUAUACUCAAUCAAAUAAUGCACCUUCGCUAUUUGGAAGCGUCAGAGAGACAAACGAUCAAUACCAAGGGUCCUCUUAUUCUUUGGUUCCUGAGGUUUGUGGUGAUUCUUGGAAUGAUAUUGAAGAAGCAAGUUUUCUUCUAGGUUUAUAUAUCUUUAAGAAGAACUUUGUGCUGUUGGAAAGGUUUAUCGGAACUAAAAAGAUGGGGGAUAUAUUGCUAUAUUACUACUCAAAAUUUUAUAAGUCCUCUGAGUACAAUAGAUGGUCAACAUCCCGCAAAGGGAAAAGUAAAAAGUGUGUAUCUGGCAAAUCGCUAUUUAGUGAUUUGAGGCGACAGGAAAUACUAUCUCGUCUGCUUUCCCAGGUGUCCGAGGAAUGCCAGAAAGAACUAAUAAAGGCCACCAAAGCAUAUGAGAAGAACGAUGAGAAGAACGAUACAUCACUAAUCGAUUAUGUAUUCUCUAUAAAGUCCAUGGUUGGGAUAGAGACUUUUGUUGAAGUAGUUUCCAUUGGUAAAGGCAAGAGAGAUCUCACAAACAAGGUCAUUGCGCCUGUGCAGAUACCAACUGGGGAAGCAUGUUCCUUCCUGACUUGUACUGAGAUUGUCAAUUUUUUAACUGGAGGCUAUCGGUUGACCAAAGCUCAAUCCAGCGAUUUAUUCUGGAUAGCAGUCUGGCCGCGUUUGUUGGCAAGCGGAUGGCACUCAGAACAGCCAAAGAAACAGGCUUGUGUUCCAGGUGCAAAGGAUACCCUGGUCUUUCUUACGCCUGCUGUUGAGAAGUUUUCAAGAGGAUUGCUGAAAGGAAAGCAUUAUUUUGUCUCUGUUAUGGAGGUCUUGGACAAAGUUGGUUCUGAGCCAGAGCUUCUCGAGCCUCACGCUGAAUAUGAUGAAGGAGAGAAGGUAGAGGAGGAUGGCUGCAUUGAGGAGAUUUCUGACAGCAGUUCCGACGAACCAGUGAAAAAAGUCAAGAAUCUGAAAACUUUGUAUGAUGACCAGCAGGCAAGGAAGCCAGUGGAUAUUCACCUGAGCCAAAAGCAGAAGCACAAUGAUCUUGAUACUUCAACUUCAGUUCGAAAAAAGUAUAGGACUGUAGCUUCUUGCUAUAAUGAAGAGAUAGGUUCGGGCAGGAGUACUAUUCCAUCUGUCCUGGAAUGUGGUCAUCAAGCCAAUGUUUGUGGCUCAAAUAUUUAUGAUUCAAAUGACAAAAAUUUUACUCCACAACAACCUGUAAACUUUCCAAACACCUCUGCAGGCAUCAGUGUUCCUGAGCAGCCUGCUAUCUUAAACCCUCGGAGACAGAGUACUAGGAACAGAGCCCCAACGGCAAGAGCACUAGAAGCCCUGGUAAAUGGAGAUUUGACAGAAAGUUCAGGGUGGAGGCGGAAGGACUGA